UUUCUCAUUAGAAGUACAAUAAAUGUUUUGUCAAUCUACAUGUACAUUGACAUUAAACAAUAGCGAGAGAAAAUGUACAGGUGUCUUCUAGCCUGUUUAAUUUUAAUAAUUUGCAGCCAUGGCUACUAUAGUAAAAAAACUGUGUGUCCAGAUAACUGUCUGUGUGAUGGACGAACUUAUGACUGCUCAGAUAAUGACUUAACUGUAAUACCGUCAGGGAUAUCUAUUUCAGCAAAAUCAUUAGAUCUACAGAAAAAUCAAAUAACAGAGUUAUUGACCAACCCAUUUUCAGAACUUCAACUAUUACGGCAACUGAAUCUUGGAUUCAACUCGCUAAGCCAGAUAAACUACAACAAUUUUAUUGGAUUAGUGAAUCUAAGAAUACUCGACUUAAGUUUUAAUAGGAUAAAUACAAUUCAUAAAAAUUCUUUCAGGAAUUUGAAUAAAAUCAGUGACAUUGUGCUGAAAGGUAAUGAACUAACUAAUAUUGAUGGAAUAUUUACUGAUAUGAACAGGCUGGUACGUUUGGAUCUGUCAAAUAAUCAAAUAGACAAGGUAUCUAGUGAAUCUUUCAGAAACAUGACAAACCUUCGCUAUUUGAUGCUUGGAUCCAAUAGAAUAACAUCUAUUGAAGUUAAAGCCUUUAAUGAUAAUAGCUUGAUCACAUUUAUUUCACUGACCGGGAACCCUGUCAUUGACGUAGAUGGUCUUUUCAUCAAAAACAAUGUGUUGUCCUUUAUAGAAUUGACCAACUGUUCGCUGGAAACAUUUCCUAAAGGAUUACCACUUAUGACCAGAUUUUUGUAUCUAGAUCAGAACAAUAUCAGGUCCAUAACAAAAAAAGAAAUUGAACCAGUUGAAAGUUUAGUUAACCUCUUCGUCUCUGAAAAUGAAAUCCAGUUCAUUGAAAGAGAUGCGUUUACAGGGUUGAAAAGUUUACAGGAAUUAUGGAUUAAUUUCAAUGGAAUCACUGAAGUACCAAUACCACCUAUUAAUGCUAAGAAAUUACAUAUAGACAAUAACAACAUAGCACAUGUUCAGAAAGACGAUUUUCAGUUUGGAUCUAAACUGGAGACAUUAUCUAUUAAGAAUAAUCAAAUAUCCGUAAUUAAUGCAGAAACUUUUGAAAAUUUGACAAAUCUGUUGAGUUUAUAUUUGGGUGGAAACAACAUAAAUGUGUUACCAGAUAAUGCAUUUAAACCACUGCUUCUUCUAAAAGAUCUCGGUCUGACUGGAAUAGAUUUUAAUUACUUGGGAAAAGAUGUGUUCAAUAAACUUAAUAACUUAGAAAAGCUGACAUUGUCUUAUGUACUAAUUGGUGAAAAUGCUUUACAAGGAAAUAUAUUCAAACAUCUAUCUAACCUAAGAAUUCUAAACCUACAAGAAAGUCCUGAACUUGCCAGCAAAGUUUUAGAAUCAGAGGAUAUGAUGAAGUCUUUAUUUACAGUUGAGGCUAUCAAUUUAAUGGAUAAUAAUCUUAAAACUGUUAAUUCAAAUAUCAUAAAAUAUUUGCCAAGACUGCAUUCCAUUAAAUUUGAAGGAAAUCAAUUUCACUGUGAUCGCCGUCUGCUCUGGUUAUGGAAAUGGAUUGAUAUGCAAAAAUAUAAAUUUGAAAAUGCUGACUCUCUUCAGUGCUUCUCUCCUCCUGAACUACGAGGUAGCACAUUUUUGAGUUUAAAAUCCGCCCAAUUUGUUCCAACAACCCUCAAACCUGUGGUGUUAUCAACAAAAGGACAGUUUAUUUCAAAAACAACUCAAUCUCCAAACAUUAUAUUAAAUUCUACAAACCUAGGAAAUGAAACUUUAACCUUCGAAAAGAUAAAUGAUACUGUUAAUGAAAAUAUAGAUAGCUCUUCUUUCCCUCCAGGAUAUGUCCCAAAUCAAAAAGAUUUAGUAAGAUCUCAAAACCAACAGGAAAAAGACUAUGAAGAUAAAAUAAACAAAAUUCUAAUUAUAACUGUAGUGACAACGCUGGCUGUUGUGUUAUUUGCUGUAAUUGUGACAACUGUAUCGUGUCUGAAGUGCAACAAAAAGAAGGAUUCUUAUAAUCGUACCGAUACCUUUCCAGACAAUGAUGUAACUUUUUACGUUAUCAGUGAUGAAGCACCUCCACUACCCCCACCUAACACCACAAGGAAAGAUAGAGGAUCUGUGAGUUCAACCCGUGACAUUACUAAUGACAAUGUCUUUAUCAUUGACAAUGACAGUUCAUAAUGUUCAAAUAAAACAAAAGAAUAAAUAUACAACUAUUUUGUUUCAAAACACUGGACUGAUCAUGCUUAAUAUGAGUGUGAAAACUCAUAAGAGAAACAUUAAAUCGUGAAAAGGGAGUAUUACUUUCUAUGUAAUGUUAAUUGUUUUCCAUAGUUUAUCAUCCACUGAAAAUAAACUUAAAUAGGCAAUAUAAAUAUACUGUAUAUUAUAGCAAUAUUUAUUUUUACAUGAGUAAUGAUUAACUUCUAAAAAUAUACAUUGCAUUACAUCCUAUUGGGGACAUGAUUCCUGAAAAUGGUGAUUUUUAUUUGCAUCAGACCAUUUAGAUCUCAUGGGCAUUAAAAUAAAGAUCUAUUGAAAUCAUUUUUGUAAAAUUAGAAUAUAUUUUUCUCGUUUGAA